AAGCACAUGAGCUAAGCCGCAUGCUAUUUCCAUCACCAUCUACUUCCUAGCAAACAAAGUCAUGGUGUCUCACAAGUCACAAGGAGUUGGCAGAGCCGGAAAAGCUGUCUAAAAAACUCCCAACUCUGGCGGCCUUCUUGCCGGAGACAGAAAAAAACCCACUUCCCAAAUCUCUUCCUUUUUCUUUCCCAAAUCUUACCCAACCUUCAAUUUCUCUCUCAAGUCAAAAACCCCAAAAAGUAGGAUGAGAACAGCGACGAAGGGUAAUCAAGAAGAGGAAGAGUACGAUGAGGAUGAUUUUGGUUCGAAGAAAGAAGGACCUUCUUCCAAUAACAACAACCCCAACAGCAAAGAUGGCAAGAACAAUGAUAAAGCUAGUGCAAUACGAUCAAAACAUUCAGUCACAGAGCAGCGCAGAAGGAGCAAGAUCAAUGAGAGAUUCCAGAUACUGAGAGAUCUCAUACCUCAUAGUGAUCAGAAGAGAGAUACAGCAUCAUUCCUAGUAGAGGUUAUCGAGUAUGUCCAGGUUUUACAGGAAAAGGUACAAAAGUAUGAAGGUUCAUACCAGGGAUGGAGUCCAGAGCCGACAAAGUUAAUGCCUUGGAGAAACAGUCACUGGCGUGUACAAAGUUAUAUUGGUAGUCCUCAAGGCAUAAAGAAUGGUUCUGGUCCAGGGUCCAAUUUUCCCGGAAAAUUUGAUGAGAAUAGCAUCUCGAUCAACCCAACAAUGCUUCCAAGCACACAAAAUCCAGUAGAAUCUGACCCUAGUAGAGAUGUACCUUGCAAAGCUAUGGAUCGUCAUCCUGAGAUUGCCAACAAGGGAAUUCCUCUUCCCAUGCCUCUUCAAGCCAGCAUGUCUGCUCCAAUGAGGAGUGAUGGUGUGCUUGCACAUUCUCUUCAAGGACCAGUUUCUGAUGCACAAUCAACGCAGUGCCCCUGCACAAGUGAUACAAUAAACCAACAAGAGGAGCUGAUGAUUGAAGGGGGAACAAUUAGCAUCUCAAGUGCUUACUCUCAAGGGUUAUUGAACAAUCUAGCUCAAGCACUGCAGAGUGCUGGUGUGGAUCUGUCACAGGCCAGCAUCUCAGUGCAGAUUGAUCUUGGGAAGCGUGCAAACAGAGGAGUGUCCUCCAGAAUGCCCAUUUCUAAGGAAUAUGAGAAUCCAACUUCUAGUAAUCAAACGAUGGCACAUCAUAAGGAUACAGGCAAUGGGGAGGAUUCAGAUCAAGCUCAAAAACGGCUCAAGACAUGAGAGACUAGUAUGACAUUACCUUAGUCAUUUUCGUGUAGAUUUUUACGCUCUACUUUCUUCUGUUUUGGAAUAUUCUGGCAUCAUCUCCUAGUUAUUGUACAUGCUGUGCUUGAUUUUCUCUUUUCUCUUUCAUGGAGCUCAUGUCAAGAACCAUUUCCCUCGAUCUAUAAAAUUUUGUGUAGUUACUUUGUCAAGUUA